UGGGAAGAUGCUGCGGGGCAGGGGCGACCUCGGAGGCCGCCGUGGCUUUGCUGCAAGGAAUCUCCCUCGCGCCCUCCCUCCUUGCGCGCUGAGAGAGCCUUGCGGGAGCACUCGGGAGUUUUCUCCUUUCCCACUGCUAAGGGAGCUGGAGGAGUCGUGCCGGGGGUGGUUCCUUCCAGCUGAGACACAGGAGGGAAGACAGAAAAAGCAGAGGGGAGUCAGCCAUGCCACCAGCACGGCACAGUGUCUUUAAUAUUAUUAGGAAUGAUCUCUAUUGCCAUUGGGAUAACCACGGCCCAUCUCGCCCACUAUCCCGUCUCUGACGUGGCCAGCACUGCAGAAGACUUGCCCAGAACACGGCCAUCAGGGCGUUGGUUAUCGAUGGAGCUCUCUUCUCCCAGCUUCUGGCAUUCAGGGACAUAUGGACACCUGGAGCCAGGGGCUGGCUAACAACGUUGGAUUGACUUCUCCCCCAUGGGCUGAUCCAGUUCUUUUUGGAAGCCACCUCCACUUCUGGCCACCACCACGUCUCCGGGCAUCAGGCUGCCCAGGUGUCUGGAUGAUGGAGGAAGCACCCCAGGGCUCCUCGAAGCCCAUCCCUGCCUGGGAGGAGACCAAAGCUCCCCCCUGGAAGAGUCGGCAGAGGCACCCCCCGCAGCAGCAGGAGCUGUGUGUGCUCCAGCCCUUCUGUGCAGAUUCACCAGCCCCUCCCAACCGCCCCUGCUUUCUGGAACCAGACUUGGAGGAGAAAGAGGCCCUGGACUACAUUGACGCUUUUCUCCGGGUCAAUGAGCAGGAUGAGGCCGAGAAACUGAUGUUUCUGAAUUGUGUCAGCACCCUCAGCAGAGCCGUCAGCGCCCAGAGCCCGGAGGGGAACCUGGAUGCGUUUAUCAGCAAAGCUCUGCUUGUGGAGCGGAUAAAGAUGCUGAUUCAUCACGAGCCCGUCAACGCCCUGACAGGGAGGGUGCGCCAGCAAGCAAUGCUCACCCUCAUGGAGCUGAGCAAAGUGAAGCCUCCGCUGCAGGGUCUGGACCAAGGCAGCCUGCUCGCCGUCUGCUUCUCCAGCGUGUUCUCCCUGCCUCCAGCAGAGACCAUGCAGGGCGCCGAGGCUGAUCUGUACACCCAGACCCUGGAAGCCAUGGACGGGAUGCUGAAGGCCUUGAUGUGUAAGGAUGAGAAGCCCGACCUUGUGGAGCUGCAGAACAUCUUGGAGUUCCUGCUCCCCUGGACCACAUCCAAUGAGGUGCAUGAGCGGCUGAGGGCAGUGGAAAGGAUCGCCUGGCUGAUCAGACUCAUCGCUGGGCAUCACAAAUUCAAGGGCGUGGAGGGGUUCAGAGUGCCGGGCCAGCUGGUGGGCUGUCUCACCCUGUGCUGUGCGGAGCACGAGCAGGAGAUCUGCCGCUGGGCCGUGGAUGGACUUCACCACCUCUACUCCUUCAUGCUGCGGCAAAAGUGCAGGACCCUGGCAAAGGACAGCACAGAGUAUCUGCAAGUCCUCAGAGACUGGCAAGCCGAGAACACCUUCUGGUUCGCCUGGUUCACCAACGCCAGCGAUAUAGCCGUGAUGUUUGGGAAGUACCUGCACCCGGCCGAGCGCACGGGCUUCAUCCUGGCGGCCAUCGACGGCAUGAGAGACGACAGCGUCCACGACGCAGUGGAGGCCAGGCACAUGCUGCACGCGAUCCUGGGAGUCCCCAUCCCAAGCUUGGAGAGGGUGUCGGAGGCCGUGAGAAGCAUGUACCACAACCUGGACUCCAUCAGCGAGACGCUGGCCCAGCAGGAGCUGCUGAGGUCCCUGCUCUUGCUGGGCUACCAGUACAGCGAGGAGGUGGUGACGGCCCUGCUGGGCUGCUCGCUGUGGUGCGACAGGGCAGCCGUGGAGAUGUGGCGGACCCUGACGUCCCACCCCAAGACCACAGGAAGGAUCCUGCGGGAGCUGCUCAAAAGGCUGCAGGAGGGGCCGCUGGGCCAGCGUCGCGACACCGCUCAGAAAAUGGCUGCCGUCACCCCCCUGGCCGCCACCAGAGCCCUGUACGAGAUCUUCCAGGAGCCGGGCUGCAGGCGGGAGGUGCAGGAGCUCUACCCUCAGCUCUACAUCGCCCUGCUCUUCCAGAUCACCUACACGGUGGAGCCGUCGGUGCAGGACAUCGCUUUCUAUUGGAGGGUGUGCAGGCAGGAGAACACGCCCACGCCCCUCAGCCCAGUCAGGUGCGUGGUGAAGGCCAUGAGGGCCUUGCUCCGCUGCGCCGGCUACGGGGACCAGGUCACCUUCAUCCAGAAGCAGGGCGGCUGGGACAUGCUCGCCAGCUCCGACACACACCACAAAGGGGUCUGCCUGCUGGCCCGGGCCAUGGUUAGGAACCGUUUCCAGGAGCGCUCCUGGAUCUUCCACCAGCUGAUGGCCAUCCUUGACAGAAGGGACGACAAACGGCACAUCCCGGCCAUGGCCUUCUUCAUUCAGCUCCUGCAGUGCCCUGACCUCGGCAAUGAGCUGGAAGACGCCAUCCUGGACCAGAUGAGCAGGCAGCUGAGAGACCCCAACACCGUGGUGCGCUGGCUGGCACUCAAAGGCCUCUUCAACCUGGCCCUUCACCCAGAGAAGGUGGGGAAACUCCAGCGCCUGCUGCCAGACAUCCAGGAGCGGCUGCGGGAGGCCGACCGGGGUGUCAUCACAAAGGCCAUCGGCGUCCUGAAACUCAUCCUCACCAGCCUGGACCGGCAGGGGGCCAAGAAUGUCACUUUUCACAAACCUUCAGAAUGGAGAGACUGGAAACAAUGCUGUGCCAGAUUUCGCAUUGCAAACAAGCGGCACAAGGAACUGGAGAUAGAUGGGUAUUGUCUUAAUGUAUGCAGUGGGGAAGUAGGCAGCAUGUCUUAA